AACUCCAGGGGUGUGUAUAGCUAGCAGGCUUCCGGAGGGUCUUGCAGGGCUGUGGGGUUGAAGGUCGGCCAGGGGGCGUGGCCUCGGCGAUCUCUUCGGAAGCCGGGCUGAGGGGAAUCCUGGACGUGGAGAUCUGGAGAUCGUGAGUCAUGGCUGCUUCCCGACACGCUGACGAGAUCCACAAGGCCGUUCAGAACUAUUAUGGGAAUGUACUGAAGACAUCUGCAGACCUCCAGACUAAUGCUUGUGUCACGCGAGCCAAGCCGGUCCCCAACUACAUCCGGGAAAGUCUGCAGAAUGUACAUGAAGACGUUAGUUCGAGGUAUUAUGGCUGUGGUCUGACUGUUCCUGAGCGGCUGGAAAACUGCCGAAUUUUGGAUCUGGGUAGUGGGAGUGGCAGGGAUUGCUAUGUGCUUAGCCAGCUGGUUGGUGAGAAGGGACAUGUCACCGGCAUAGACAUGACUGAGGUCCAGGUCGAAGUGGCUAAAACCUAUCUUGGACACCACAUGGAAAAAUUCGGUUUCCAGGCACCCAAUGUGACUUUUCUCCACGGCCGCAUCGAGAAGUUGGCAGAGGCUGGGAUCCAGAGUGAGAGCUAUGAUAUUGUCAUAUCCAACUGUGUUAUCAACCUUGUUCCUGAUAAACAACAAGUCCUCCAGGAGGUCUAUCGAGUGCUGAAGCACGGCGGGGAGCUCUAUUUCAGUGACGUCUAUGCUAGCCUUGAAGUGCCAGAAGACAUCAAGUCGCACAAAGUUUUAUGGGGGGAAUGCCUGGGAGGCGCUCUGUACUGGAAGGAUCUUGCCAUCAUUGCCCAAAAGAUUGGGUUCUGCCCUCCACGUUUGGUCACUGCCGAUAUCGUUACGGUUGAAAACAAGGAGCUCGAAAGGGUUCUUGGUGACUGUCGCUUUGUGUCUGCCACAUUUCGUCUCUUCAAACUCCCUAAGACAGAGCCAGCCGAAAGAUGCCGAGUUGUUUACAAUGGAGGAAUCAUGGGACACGAAAAGGAACUAAUCUUCGAUGCAAAUUUUACAUUCAAGGAAGGUGAAGCUGUUGCAGUGGAUGAGGAGACGGCAGCUGUCCUGAAGAACUCGCGCUUUGCUCCGGAUUUUCUCUUCACACCUGUUGAAGCCUCGCUGCCAGCUCCCCAGGGCCGUUCUGAGUCCCAGACAAAGGUUCUAAUCAGAGAUCCAUUCAAGCUUGCAGAGGACUCUGACAAGAUGAAGCCCAGACAUGCACGUGAAGGUGCGGGAGGCUGCUGUGGCAAGAGGAAAAACUGCUAGAUCUACGGCCAACUCGGAGCCCACCAGGCUCGAGAGGGUGGCUAAAGGACAGUCACAGAGGCCUCUUAGCCUGCUCUUCGCCACUGCACAGACUAUGUGAAGGUGGCAAAGCCACCACAAGCUAGACCACUGCUAAGAAUAAGAGUGACUUUUAGAGGAUGUUAAUUGAAGGGUCACAGCAAAUCGCCUGCUUUUCUAUUUUUCUAUUUCAGAGUUCUUGUGCCACCUAGUGGUCAGAAGUAGAACAACUUUGUGAGAAUUAUCUUCCUUCUGGCCUACCACAGGACACCUCUGGGUUCUUCUCUGUGCUUACCAGGAAGCACAGUACUUACUAAAUUUAUGCUAGCCAUGACAAAAGAUUGUCAACUCAAAUUUGCUAGGAGUGUUCUUUAGGUUGCUGUCUGCAAUUUUUCCCCUGUAACUGAAUGAAAAAGAAAACAAAUAAAAAAUAAAUUUGACUUCAGUUCACCUUGAUAUUGAUACCACAA